UAGUCGCCGGCGCCCGGCCGGCCGGCAGCCUUAACAACAGCUUAGGUGCUCGGCUUCCCCAGCAAGGCGAGGGCCCCUCCGAGGCGGCGAAGGAGACGCCACCGCGUUCACUGGCGGCGGGGCUCAGCCAGACGGUGCGCGAGUCGGUUGCGGGCACCUUGAUGGUGGACUCACUAUAUAUUCGGUGGGUCCACGGCCCUGCCCGGUCUCCGAGGCCGCAGGUCGCCGACCCCGCACCAUGAAGGUCGCAGGGUCUUCCUCGAGGUCAGCGUCCCGGCCGGACGGGGCUGCGGCGAGGCCGAGCCUCCGAGCCACUCCUGUCGCCCGGCCUUGCCUGUAGGACGUCAGGGCCCGCGACCCGGCUCAGGCCUGACCGGCGUCCGCGCCACAUUCGGCGCCCCCAUCCCUGGCUUUGACGUGAGGGAGGGGGGCUCUGGUCCGGGGAGCCCCCGCUCGCCCGCCAGCCAUGAAGACAGAGACGGAGAUCCUGGCGCCGGAGCCCCCGGCCGGGCCAGGUGUCAGUCACCUGCUGAGUAGCCGGAAGCUGCUGGCCCUGGGGGCCGUGCUCGGCUGGCUCCUGGUCAUCCACCUCCUGGUCAACGUGUGGCUUCUCUGCCUUCUGUCUGUGUUGCUGCUGGUGCUGGGAGGAUGGCUGGGCUCUGACGCCAUCGUGGGGGCUUCAGGGCGGCUGCACCUGGAGCGCUUCAUCCCAAUGGCCGUCUGCCCCCCAAACCCCGAGGCAGAGAGGCAGCUGGAGCAGGAGAUCGACCGCACCAUCCGGAUGAUCAUGCGGGACUUCGUGUCGUCCUGGUACCGCACGGUGAGCCAGGAGCCAGCCUUCGAGGAGGAGAUGGAGGCAGCCAUGCGAGGGCUGGUCCAGGAACUCCGGAGGAGGAUGGCCAGGGUGGACAGCCAUGCUCUUGCCCAGAGGGUUCUGACUCUCUGCGGUUGUCACCUGCAGAGCUAUAUUCAGGCGAAGGAGGCCGCAGGGAAACAGAGUGGCCCAGGGGAGCCCUCCGAGCUCUGGGAGGCUUACUGCCGGGCCAGCGCUCCACACCCUGCAGUGCAGAGCCCUAGCGCUGAGGUCACCUACACACGGGGCAUCGUGAACGUGUUGCUUCAAGGACUAGUGCCGAAGCCGCACUUGGAGACCCGGACCGGCAGGCACAUAGUGGUGGAACUGAUUACUUGCAAUGUCAUCUUACCGCUGAUCAGCAAGCUCUCCGAUCCGGACUGGAUCCACCUUGUACUCGUGGGCAUCUUCUCCAAGGCCAGGACUAAGCCAGCAGGAGUGGCUAAUCCACGCUGCCCACCCAGUGCCCUGGAACAGCCCUCAGUGCCCGCAUCUCUGCCGUUGAUUGUCGAGGUCCAGGGUCUCGCAGAAGCCCCUUCUCCAGCAGCAGCCCCGAUGCUCCUAAGCUGUAGUGAGCCAGAUGGGCCUUCACACCCCUCCCCAGAAGUUGAAGAAGGCCAUGAAGCGCUGGAGGGAGAUCUGGGGGGAGUGUUCGAGGAGAGAAAAGUCGGAAACAGCUCUUCUCAUUUCCUGCAGCCUCUGUUCUUGUCUGAAGAUGCAGAGCUGGAGUCCCCGUUGUCUGAACUGGGCAAAGAAACCAUCAUGCUCAUGACCCCAGGCCCCUUCCUCUCUGCCAGGAUUCAGGAUGCACUGUGUGCCCUUGGGGGCUCCCAGCCUCUGGAGCCUAAGGAUGGCAAGGGACCCGAAGGAAUAGAAGGAGCGGAAGCUGAGGAGGGUCCAGGAACAGAAACGGAGCCGGGCCUGCUUGCCUCCAUGCUGAAUUCCUGCCCAGAGAUCCAGAUUGACACAGCGGACAAGGAGGGAGAGCAGGGAAAUGGCGCCUCUCUCACAACUUUGCUGCCCAGUCCGGAGAGGAUAUGUCCCCCACGCCCCUCAUGUUUAGAGAAGGAUCUCACCAAUGGUGGGAGCUCCCUGGACUCCAGUCUGCCACAGGUCCUGCUCUCCUCCUCUCCACCUGGACCCCUCAGCUCAGCCACCUUCAACUUCGAGUCCCUGGGCAGUCCAGACGGCCCCGUGGUCAUCCAGAACCUUCGCAUCACUGGCACCGUUACUGCUCGAGAGCACAGUGGCACCGGUUUCCACCUGUACACGCUCUACAUGGUGAAGUACGAGACGGCCCUCGACGCUGAGAACAGCGGCGGCCUGCAGCAGGUGGCCUACCACACCGUGAACCGCCGCUACCGCGAGUUCCUGAACCUGCAGACCCGUCUGGAGGAGAGAUCGGAUCUCCGAAAGUUCAUCAAAAAUGUGAAGGGCCCCAAAAAGCUCUUUCCAGAUCUUCCGUUUGGAAACAUGGACAGUGACAGGGUGGAAGCCCGCAAGAGCCUCUUGGAAUCAUUUCUAAAGCAACUCUGUGCCAUUCCUGAGAUCGCUAACAGUGAGGAGAUGCAGGAGUUCCUUGCUCUCAACACAGAUGCUCGUAUUGCCUUUGUCAAGAAGCCGUUCGUGGUCUCCAGAAUAGACAAGAUGGUGGUGAGUGCUAUCGUGGACACGUUGAAGACAGCGUUCCCUCGCUCUGAGCCCCAGAGCCCCACAGAGGAGCUGAGUGAGGCCGAGACAGACAAUAAGCCCCAGACAGAAGGCAAGAAGGCUGCCAAAUCCAGAUUGAGGUUCUCAUCCAGUAAAAUUGCUCCAGCACUGAAUAUAACUGAGGCACACGAGAAGGUUCUCUACUGUCUCCAGGACAGCGGUGUGGAGUCAGAGACCCUCUCCGUGUCUGGGAUGGAAUCCUUUAUUGAAAAACAGGCAAAGUUACUAGAAGUGCAGCCAGCACACGCUCCCGGAAGAGAUUCUGAACAGACCGCUGAGGGGUGUGUGGGCGAUUGCGUGUCAGAUGCUGCCGCUCCAGCCCAAGGCCUCAGCAGCAGUGAUCCAGGCGCCCAUGGUCAGUCCUCACUGUGGACCUCAGCUCAACUCUGUGAAAGAUGGAGUUUACAACCCCAGUUCUUCACACACGUCUCACUGGUUAAGUAAACCAAGUGUUAAUGAGAACAAAAGCAUCAAGAGAACUAUGAGAAAUUAUAGAUAAGAUCGGAUGGGUAAGAUAAUGUAAUUCUAGCCAAAAUCAAGUCUUUAAAUGUUGUGCAUUCUCUCUCUAAAGGGGUCAUUUAUUCCUGUGCCGUUCUUUUAGCUCUGAGAGGCUCCUUGUGCUCUCAUGAUAGAUAAUUUACCACUUUCACCAAGAGGACCUGGGACCUGUUGCUUUCACUUAUUGUUACUGCUGUGACUACUUGUCACCACAUGGUGGCAGCUCUGCAUGUGUUCAUGCUAAUAAGUCUCUUCAGUGGUGUCUCUGCAGCUGCAUGGACUGCAGCCUGCCAGGCUCCUCUGGCCAUGGGAUUCUCCAGGCAAGAAUCCUGGAGUGCAGCUCUAGGUAAAUGCUAAACUUGCAAAGAGAAGAGAAUUGAAGAGGGACAUUGAGGAAUGCUAUUUUUCCAAGGAGCUGAGUAUCACAUUUUGAGCAAAUAACCAGAAAGCAGACACAUCAGCUCCUAUGCCCCCUUGAAGUACAGAAAAAGAGAAUAUAUACUGGAUGGGAUUAAGAAGAAAGUAAGAUUCAGUUCCAGCACAUUUACCCGAGUUUGACGUCAUUCACAUUCUAUAAGAACCCUUAAGUGAGCAGUGCUUGGGCACACUUGCACAGAGAAAACCCACUGGCCCUGGACUAAUACAGUUACUGUCGUGAGUAAUUAUAACUUUAAUCACAGCUGUAGUACCAGAUAGAAGAGGAUUUUUUCAGGAACACUCUGUAGUUCUGGGGCAGUCUCCAGAAAGGCAAGUCAGAGGUGACAGGGGGACCCUAUGAACAGGGUUAGAGAACAGACGCUUCCAUCCAUAAAAUACAUCUGUUUGAAAAAGUUCUGCUUAGCGUGGGUAUGAGCGUGUUUGUGGCCCUUGCCGUCUUUGAAACAGGAAAGAAAUGAGUAAUCAUCAUGGCCUUUUACCAAAAGUGCAGUGUUCUUCCCAGAACCACAUGUUAUCUCAAAAUCAGACUGAGGUCUCCUGGAUCCUAACCCUCAGCUCUGUGUAAUGGAGUUGCUUUCAAAGCCACUUGCUUAUGGAAAACAAGUCCCACAUCUGCUGCCCCACACAUUUCCCUGCUGCCCUGCGGAGGCGAGUGGAUGGAAGGGAAAGGGACCGGGCCUUGCCAACUCCAGUUUGUCACCAGUUGUGAGCUCUUACUUGGAACAAAAUGUGUUCAGCUGACUGGGGGAAAUACAGAAGAAAUAGCAGGAAAGUAGGCAAAAUAGUUAUAUAUAAAAUCUCUUUAAAGGUUUUUAUAGAUAAAAAAUUACUCAGUGACUUAGGAACAUAAAUUGUAAGGAAAGAUAGGACUACCACUGAACUUUGUAGAGAUGCAGUAAACGUCUCUUGACUUGGCUACAGAUAGAUUACACAAAUGUGAGAUGAUUGACAUAAAGGUGGAGCAGACGCAGGGCCCUGAAAUGUGUCCUCGAGCGCGGGUCUCUUCCGAGUUCC